AUGGCGAGUGCGGAAGGACCUUCAUUGUGCAGCGAUGAGUUGCUCGUCGAUGAAGUGCGUCAAAGACCCGUUCUCUACGACCAACGGCUAAAAACAUACCGGGAUAAGCAGCUGCAAUACGACGCCUGGCUGGAAGUGGCGGGCGCCAUGAAACAAAGCGUGGCAGAGGUGCAGCAUCGUUGGAGUUGUCUCAGGCAGAAAUUCCUGCGCCUGCGAAAGACGUACGUCAAGUCUGGCAGCGGCGCAGCGGACGUGGAAAAAACGUGGGAGCUGAUGCCACACCUGAUGUUCCUUGCAGAUGCCAUACAACGUCGGAGCUUGUCAAAAAAAGACAACGCAGCUGCUGCGUCACUUGAUGGCCAGUCUCUCGAGUCAACCUCGACUGUGGAAGGGCUGUGCAACACGUUCUACAUCGACAGCACACAAGACAUAUCACCAAUUGUUGAAGACCAGCUUGAUGCUUCGUCUCUUGCUGACGCUUUGUCGGUGCAGAGUAGCGACGCGAAUGCGUGUCCCGUCGCCAGCCCUGAUGAAGACGAACACUUUCUUUUGUGUCUAAGGGGGCUGCUGGCUAUAGUGGAUGACCGGAAGAAGGAGCGCAUUAAACUACAAAUUCACAGCCUCCUAGUUGAGGCAGCAUACCCUCCGGAUGCUGAAGAACCUUAG